AUGUGGCCGAACGUUGAGCAUCUCGCGCUGGCAACGAACAUCCCCGGCCAGGUUCUUGUCGAUUUGCUCCGUCAGCAUGCUGCCAUCUCGAAGUCGCUUGAGCUAUCGGACAUGCUAGUUCAUCAUGUCGACAGUGCUAUUGAGCAGAUACCCAGAGUUGAUCGACUGGCCUGUGUGUACAUAGAGUGUCUGUGGACAGAUGCAGGACAAGGCUCAUCGAUCGAUUUCAUCUACAUCUUCCCUAGAGGCACAUACUGUGAUGAUUCAUAUGAGAGAGCAGUCAAAGCACGUCUGCUGGCACAACCCAAAGCAUGCCCUCUGAUCGAGUGGGAUGGUAGCCUGGGAAAUGUCGACGACUGGACUGAUGAUGAACAGGAAAGGGUUUACGCCAGUGAAGAGAAGAGAUGA